AUCGUCCAAUGAAAUCUCAAAAGACGUGACGUCGGUGCCUGCGCCUGUCCUCAAUUUAUGAGAUCAGCUCCGGUCUCCAGUCUAAUGGAAAAUCCAAGAUGGCGUUCGACGAAGCGAGAGCCACGGUGACUUCCAUGCUGAAAGGAAUUGACAGGUACAAUCCUGAAAACCUUGGAAAAUUAGAACGAUAUGUAGAGAUUCAGGCUACAGAGAAUAGAUAUGAUCUGGAGGCGAACUUGGCAGUUUUAAAAUUGUACCAGUUGAAUCCAGGCACUUUCAAGGUCAAUGUUGCAGCCAUGGUCCUCCUGAAGGCUCUUACCAACCUCCCUCAUACAGAUUUUAUCCUCUGCAAAUGCCUCAUUGACGAGGUCCAUCAAUCGGAGGCUCCACUUGUAACCAUCAUGUACCUAGCCAACCUCCUGGAAACGUGCGAGUUCAAGCGCUUCUGGAGUGAGUGUGAUGGAGCAACAAGUACGUUAUUCAUGGGAAUUGCAGGCUUUAAAGAUUCAAUUAGAAAAUACAUCUGCCAUAUUCUGAGGAUCACCUACCAAACUAUCGACCGGCGGCAGCUGGGGGACCUCCUAGGGUAUCUCAGUGACCAGGAACUCAACCAGUGGAUGAACAAGUACGGCUGGAAACCACUGGAAGGAAACCGUGUAUUUAUAGCUCAACAAGAGGAGAGUAUCAAGACCAAGAACAUCACAGAGAAAAUCAACUUUGAAAGUGUGGCUUCUGUAAUGAAACUUUCACAGUGAAACGGGCAAAGCGACACUCACCAGACCAAAAUAGACUCCAAAAUCUCCCUCCUCCGAAGUGCACGUAAUCAUCUAGUCUGAUGUCAACUCCUGAAUGGAACAGUGUCAUACCUUGGAUUUUCAAGACUUAUUUUAAAUUUUUUUGUGAAUUCUAAUUGAAAGUUACUGCUUGAAAAUGUUCAUUGUUUCUCCAAAGCGGCCUGUCUCCAGUCAUACUGUUGCUCAGAAAACAAUUUUUGUCAAGGUUGGAGUAUAUUUACACUCACCAUGUAAGAAAACUUGAAAUGCUGAUGCCAAUGGACUCUCUGCAUGUAAGGUAGAUUGCACCUUGUGACCAUUCAUGGGAGGUUUUUUGUGUGGGACACCACCACAUGAGCAUACUCGCUCAAUGUGCUGAUGAUGAGUGAACGGAUGGCACAUUUGCCUCGUUUAAUUUAACCACAUUGGAACAUUUGCAUUCAACAUCAGUGUGAAUCUUCCCUCAUGUAUUGUAAAACAGGAUACUUCAUCCAACCACCCCCCCCCCCAAGUACGUGUAGGCGUUUUCUGUUUGAUCUCGCUAACCUCAGUUGUGAAUUAGGUAUAUUUUCUUUUGUGAAUUCCAUUGACUGCCAAGAAAAAACUGUCAGUCAUUUGAACAGUCCUUCAAAUCUGAAAUAAGUUUCCUACUUUGCUAGAACAUUACAAAAAGCAAACGGGGCCACAUUCAAGCAGAAGAGUUUCAUGAUACAGUUUGUUUCAAAAGGUUGCCAUGUUCAGCUGGAAGUUCCCUCUGGUAUAAUGUAAAUGUCAUUGUCCAACCCAUUUGUGUGACGCUAGUUACUCUAGUCACAAACAUGAAUAAAUGCUUUUGCAAGCAUGUUUUGUUAAUAUCCGGGAACCCGGCCCACAGUUUUUCACAUAGUGUGACUAUCAGACAAAGAUGGAAGCGAGUCAAUAAAAUUAAUUUUAUUCAAUUUAUUGAA